AUGAUGCCGGGAGAUGCGAAUUUCACCAAGACCGCCUGUGGAGGCUGCGGAUCGGUGUCCGAUGAGGAUGAAGGCAUGGUAUGUUGUGACAAGUGCAACGUUUGGUACCAUUACCGGUGCGUGGGAGUCACGGAGGAAGUCGAAAGUGACGCAAAGUGGUAUUGUCCUGAGGAAGACUGCCAAAGCCAGAAGAAACUGGACGCAGAAUCUUCCAAAACGGGUGCCAAAAAGAAGAAGAAAACGACCGACGACAACUCGGAUAAGUCCAGCGUGAAAUCCGACGGAAGGUCUGGCUCGUCGAUGGAACGUCAGCUCAAAGCUCUUGAAAAGGAACGGAAAAAGAAAGAGCAAGAGCUGAAGAACGAACGCGUUCUGAUGGAAAAGCGGAUGGAAAUCGACCGAAUCCUUCAAGAACAGCGGAUCGAAAUGGAGAACGAGUUUCGGGCUAAGGAAUUACAGCAGCAAAAACAGUUGUUGGAGAAGGCGCUGAAGGACAAGCAAGAUCAUUUGGACCGGAUGAAGAAGAUGCGGGAGUCGUUCAAUGCAAGGAUGGAUCAAGUCCAGCAAGAGUUGUCCAAGCUAAACGCUGGUGAAGAUGACAGAAAGGAAUCGGUGAACAAAGUUUCUGAUGCCGUGAAACAGUCGACCGCGGGAACACCGUUGAAGAAUCCGGAAAUACGUAGCCAAAAGCGAUCGGAGAAAACCAAGAAGGUCGAAUCGGAUGAAGAAGAGGAGGAAGAGGAAGAUGAAGAGUCUGAUGAAUCUAGCAGUGACGAUGAAAGUGAGGAGCAGUCUGAAAGCGACUCGGAUGAGGCCACCGAAGAAGAAGACGAGGAAGAAGAACCCAAGAAGACGAGCAAAGAGAAAAAUAAGUCAGGAAAAGUUAGAUCUCACGGGCUGGGACAGUCUAAUGCGGCACCUUCUAAAGCGCAAAUGGUGGCCCGGAGUGGAAUCAGCAAGAGACUUCCACUAUUUACUGGAAAGCCUGAAGAAUGGCCGCUGUUCAUUGGAAGCUAUCAAGCCUCCAACGAUGCUUGUGGGUUUUCCGACGUUGAGAAUCUUGUUCGGCUGCAGGAGAGCUUAAAGGGUCAGGCGUUGGAAAACGUUCGAGGACAGCUACUGUUUCCAAAAUCGGUGCCGAAAGUCAUAAGCAAACUUCGUCAGCUGUAUGGACGCCCGGAACAGUUGCUAAAGUGUCACCUUGAGAAAGUGCGGCGAUUGGAUCCUCCGAAGUCAGACAAAUUGGCGUCAUACAUUCCAUUCGGUAAUGCUGUGGAGCAAUUAUGCGAGCAUCUAGAGGCAGCGAGUUUAGAGCAGCACCUGGUUAAUCCUCUUCUUAUCCAGGAUCUUGUCGAUAAGCUUCCGGCCCAUGAUAAGCGUGAAUGGGUUCGCUACAAAAAUCGGAAAAGGAAGGUGAACCUGCGUACUUUCACCGAUUUUGUGUCGAAGAUUGUUGCAGAAGCUUGCGAGGCCAACGUGAAGAUGGAUUUCAGAGCAGAAUCGAAGCCAGUUUGCAACGAACACGCCGGAAAGAGCAAAGCGAAGGAAAAGGGAGCUCAUUUAUACAAUCACAGUGCAGUGGAGAGGGCCAACCCCGGCGUCGGCGAGAAUCAUCCGAGACCGUGCAAAGCGUGCAAGUGGACCGAUCAUCGUCUGCGAUUCUGCCAGGAUUUCAAGGCUUGGACACUUCGGGACCGUUUGAAGUUGGUCGAAAAGUGGAAACUCUGCGUUGUCUGCCUCAAUGAUCACGGUAACGCUCCGUGCAAAUUCAAGAUCCGGUGCAACAUCGACGAAUGUCGGGAACGUCACAAUCCUCUAUUGCAUUCCGCCACCGGAUCCGUGGUAAUCAACGCACACUUUCGAACCACCAGUACCAUCAUGUUCCGUAUGAUACCAGUGACAUUGUAUUUCGGUAAGCGGUCGGUUAAUACGUUAGCGUUUCUGGACGAGGGCGCAUCAGUGACUCUGAUAGAAAGUUCCCUGGCGGAUCAGCUAGGUGUUCAAGGAACGAAGGAACAGUUGACCAUCAAAUGGACAGCCGAUAUCACGCGCGUGGAGAAGGGAUCCCGACGAAUGGACUUGUUCAUUUCCGGACGAGAUGGGAAGGAGAAACAUCAACUCGGCACGGUUCGAACUGUUGACGAGCUGCUACUACCGAAGCAAUCCCUAAGUGCGUCGGUGCUCUGUCAGCGGAUGAAGAAACUGCAAGGGUUACCGAUUGCUUCGUACGAAAACCAACGCCCGGGGUUAUUGAUCGGUCUGAACAAUCUCCACUUGCUUGCACCGACUGAAGCAAAGGUUGGUAAGCCUGGUGAGCCAAUAGCGGUGCGGUCCAAGCUAGGAUGGGCAGUGUACGGUCCAAAUGAGGUGCAGCUAUCAAAUGCGGAAGUGUAUCUGGGACAUCACGAUGAAGUAAGCAAUCAGGAGCUGCAUGAUCUGCUGAAAAGUCAGUACGCUUUAGAGGACUCCGUAGUGGUGAAGCUGACAGAAUCGGAAGAUGAUAGAAGAGCUCGUGAAAUCUUGGAGCAGACCACCAGAAGAGUGGGCGAUCGAUUCGAGACCGGCCUACUGUGGAAGGAAGGAGAGCCAGAACUUCCAGAUAGUUAUCCGAUGGCCACGCGCAGGAUGAAAUGUUUGGAGCAACGACUGCUGAAGUCACCAGCGCUGUUCGAAAACGUUUGCAAGCAGAUCAAGGAGUAUCAGCAGAAGGGCUAUGCGCAUCUGGCAAGUGCCGAAGAAUUAGAAGAAGCCGAACCGGGAAAAGUUUGGUAUCUUCCACUCAACGUCGUCCUUAACCCAAAGAAACCGGGAAAAGUACGACUCGUGUGGGAUGCAGCAGCAAGUGUGAAAGGAAUAUCCCUCAAUUCCUUACUUCUCACAGGACCUGAUUUGCUGGUAUGUAUACUCACCGUAUUUUGCCAAUUUCGCGAACGACCGAUCGCUUUCGGUGGAGACAUCCGCGAAAUGUACCACCAGAUGCAGAUUCGUCCAGCCGACAGACGAGUACAGCGAUUCGUCUUCCGAUCGAAUCCCAGAGAAGCACCUAGUAUUUACGUUAUGGACGUAGCUACUUUCGGAUCGAAAAGUUCUCCAUGUUCCGCCCAGUUCGUAAAGAACAAGAACGCGAUGGAGUUUGCAGUACAGUAUCCGGAAGCCGCCGCAGCAAUCGUGAAGAAACACUACGUCGACGACUACUUCGACAGCGUUGAUACCAUCGAAGAAGCGAUACAGCGGGCAAAGCAGGUGAGAUUUAUACAUUCGAAAGGGGGAUUCGAGAUAAGAAAAUGGGUAUCCAAUUCGGAGGAAGUCCUAGUCAGUCUUGGGGAACCGAAACCCGUCCAGACGAUUCAUUUCAACCAGGACAAAGAGACUGGAAAUGAACGCAUACUCGGUAUAAUUUGGAAUCCAGGUCAAGACGUUUUCUCCUUCUCGACUGAACACCGCGAAGAUCUACAAGAGUACCUGCAGGGUCAUAAGACACCAACGAAGCGCAUUGUACUGAGUUGUGUCAUGGGGUUCUUCGAUCCGUUGGGACUACUCUCAUGCUUCACCGUACAUGGAAAGAUCUUGGUUCAGGACUUAUGGCGAACGGGCUGCGAGUGGGAUGAAGAAGUCGACGAUGCAUGCUUGGUCAAGUGGAAGCAAUGGACGGAUCUCUUGCCGUUAGUGGAGAGGGUUCGCAUUCCGCGCUCAUAUUUUGGACAGACGCGGUCAUCCGAAAUUAACAGGCUUGAGCUGCACAUCUUCACGGACGCUAGUAUACAGGCAUAUGGCUGCGUGGCCUACUUUCGUGCAAUGGUAGACGGUGAAAUUAAAUGCCUGUUGGUGAUGUCUCGAUCAAAAGUAGCCCCUCUUAAGUUACAAUCCAUUCCGCGGUUGGAACUGAUGGGAGCUGUCCUCGGUGCAAGAAUGUUACAAACGAUCAAAUCCAACCAUUCGCUUUCCAUAAACCGUUGUUUUCUUUGGACAGAUUCGCAAACAGUUAUGAGUUGGUUGCGUUCGGAUCAACGAAAAUACAAGCAGUUCGUUGCAUUCAGGGUUGGAGAAAUUUUGGAGACAACCAGCUCAACGGAUUGGCGAUGGAUUAGAUCUCGGAUGAACCUGGCUGAUGCACUAACGAAGUGGGGACAAGGUCCUCCAUUGGAUUCAGAAGGAGAGUGGUUUAAUGGUCCAAAUUUCCUGCACCAACCAGAAGAUUGCUGGCCGACCGAGGGGUUGCCGGAUGCAAACACUGAGCAGGAAAUGAAAGCAUACUUGCUGCACCAUGAAAUGAAGGAGUUUCCAGAACCCGUGAUCGAUGCAGAAGUGACAUGGCGCUGGCGUAAGUUGUUGCGAAUCACAGCUUGCGUAAUCAGAUUCAUUACAAAUCUUCGACGCAAGGUAAAGGGCUUUCCGUUACGAACGAUGGUGGCGAACGAGAGGCAACAACAGCUACUUAAGGCGGAAUACAAUGUUGUACAGCGACCACUGCAGCAGGACGAAUUUUCGAGAGCGGAAGUGAUUUUGUGGAGGCAGGCGCAGUUGGAGGCGUUCCCAGAUGAAGUAAUGGUACUCCUGGGAAAUGGAUCACUCAAAGCGAAUCAGAAGCCAGAGCAGAUCGGGAAGAGGAGCCCAUUAUACAAACUCACCCCGAUCGUAGACGAGUGUGGCGUGAUUCGAAUGAAUGGACACGCAGUGACGAAACGAUUGGUACAAUAUUACCAUGAAAAGUUUGGACAUGCAAAUCGGGAAACGGUCUUCAACGAGCUUCGACAGAAGUUUUAUAUUCCGAAGUUGCGAACGGAAAUCCAGCAAGUGAUGAGAAAGUGUGUCUGGUGUAGAGUGAAUCGCUGUUAUGCUGAGGUCCCGAUGAUGGCUCCACUUCCGGUUCAGCGAAUCACCCGACAGCUUCGACCUUUCAGUGCUGUUGGAGUCGAUUAUCUAGGACCUGUGGAAGUGACGGUUGGUAGAAGAAAGGAGAAGCGGUGGAUCGCCCUGUUCACGUGCCUUGCUGUACGUGCGGUGCACUUGGAAGUAGUGCAUGGAUUGACAACGCAAGCAUGUCUCAUGGCCAUUCACAGAUUCAUCUGCAAACGAGGAGUUCCAGACGAAAUCUUCUCCGACAACGGGACAAAUUUCAAGGGAGCCAGCAAGGAGUUGAUUGCUUGGGUGAAGCGAAUUGACAGUGAAUGUGCGGAUUCAGUGACGAGUAGCACAACGAAGUGGAACUUCAAUCCUCCUGGUACGCCACACAUGGGUGGUAUUUGGGAGAGGAUGGUUCGAUCUGUAAAGGAGGCGAUGAAGGCACUCGACGAUGGCAGACGUCUGACGGACGAAAUUCUAUUAACUACCCUGGCUGAAGCGGAAGAUAUGGUAAAUAGUCGUCCGCUAACGUACGUACCCCAGGAAUCAGCAGAUUCCGAAGCGCUAACACCGAACCAUUUUCUUCGAGGUACGGUCAAGUCCGUCGAUGUUCACGUAGAUGGUUCGGUGGACUUAGCAGAAGCGUUGCGCGACAUUUACAAGCGAUCGCAGUACUUGGCGGACCAGAUGUGGCAGCGUUGGUACAAGGAGUACUUGCCAACGAUCAACAAGCGUACCAAGUGGUUUGCUGAGAGGAAGUCAUUGAAGAAGGGAGAUCUCGUGUUUGUAGUAGAUGGACAGAACCGGAAAAGCUGGGUUAGAGGUAUUGUCGAGGAAGUCUUCGUAGGAUCAGACGGCAGAGUUAGACAGGCGGACGUACGGACAGGCAAAGGCGUAUUCCGGCGUGGAGUAGCCAACCUUGCAGUGCUGGAAGUUCUUGAUGGAAAUCCGCUUUUUCGUCCUCCAGUGAUGCACCAGGGAAACCAACCUCAAAUGCAGCAGCAACAAAUGUCCAUUCAAGCCGACCCGAUGAUGCUGCAGAUCCUGCACCAAUUGCAGCAGCAGCAAGUAUCAAUCAACCAGUUGCUUGUACAGCAGCAGGAAUCGGCACAGCGGCAGCAGCAGGCAUUUUUAAAGCAGCACGAGCAGGUAAUCCGGUCAACAAUGUCAGCUUUCGGUCAGCCACCAACGCAUCCGGAACAGAUUGUCGACUCGCUCGCCAACAACAUCGUCGAGUUUCGAUACGAACCGGAUAGUGGCGUCACGUUCGCCGCCUGGUAUACGCGGUACGAUAACCUGUUUUCGAAGGAUGCCGUUCGCCUGGAUGAUGAGGUGAAGGUCCGCCUACUACUUCGGAAACUGGAACCGUCGGAACAUGAACGAUACGUAAGCUACAUUCUGCCGAAAACUACGAAGGAGGUGAAUUUUACGGAUACAUUGGCGAAACUGAAAAGCUUGUUUGGUACGGUGGAAUCGCUCAUCAGCCGGCGUUAUCGUUGCCUCCAAGUCGUCAAGCAGCCUGGUGAGGAUUACAAGACGUACGCUUGCCGGUUGAAUCGACUUUGCGUCGAGUUCGAGUUAGCGAAAAUGAGCGAGGAGCAGUUUAAAUGCUUGCUUUUCGUAUGCGGUCUGAAAUCGGAAGGAGAUGGCGAGAUCCGGACACGAUUGUUGACCCGCAUCGAAGAAAACGCAGCAGUCACUGGAACAAAUCUCCGACGAAUGUCAACGACUGCUCACGAUCAAGCAUGA